CGCCACAAUCCGACUCUGGCUUGUACAUCCGGUGCAGAAAGACAAUUGCCCGACUCUGUGUGCGGGACACAGCAAGAUAGAUGCUGGCAUCAGCCUCACGGCUGAGAAUUGAGAAUCAUUCAAUCGGCGACCAACUCAAUGGCCAGAUACUUACAUGUGCCGUUGUACACUUGCGGAGCCUUGCCAUAUACAACAACCUCUAACACCGAGAACCCCCAGAUUUGGCAACACGGCCUUGGCAGUGCCGCGAUUGCCGAAGUUUCAACAGCUGGAGCGUCUUCAAAUCUUGCCCAAACCGCUGGAUGCAUCGAGCCGUCACCGCGUGCAACCUCCUCAAUG